AGUCCCACCCAGACAAGAUCCAUGGUAACCACAAAUCCCAGUCCAAGGUCCAUGAAAAUAACAGCCAAGUAAUCCUUGACCCAAUCUUCUUCGUAACGACUACGACUAUAAGGGGCAAAAACAUAUAAUGGGAGCAAGAGCCGCUUCUUUGUUCGUCUCGUGCUAUUUCUCCAUAAGACCAUUGAUGUCUUACCUAGCCAGUGCAUAACUUGAGGAUCUGGCUUCCAUGCUAGUUUCAUCAGAAACCAUGCAGCCCCUUCAAUUUUCAAACAAGACACACAACAAAAAAUUGUACAUAGCUUCCCUUGGCCUUGCUCUUGUGCUGCUGAUCUCCUUGGCCUCUCCCGCAAGUUCCUCCACGGAGCAGGAGAAGACCUCCCUUCUCCAGUUCCUCACCGAGCUCUCAUGGGACGGUGGCCUUGCCGCCUCAUGGCGGAACGACACGGAUUGCUGCAAGUGGGAAGGGAUCACCUGCAGGAAAGAUAGGAGGGUCGCCAAUGUCGUGUUGGCUGCAAAGGGCCUUGCAGGGUAUAUCUCAGAGUCCCUUGGGAACCUGACCAGGCUGCAACACCUUAACCUCUCUCACAAUUCACUGUCCGGUCCUCUGCCUCCGGCAUUGGUGUUCUCCAACAGCAUCAACAUCCUUGAUGUCAGCUUUAACCGGCUUAAUGGAAUACUCGACAAGCUGCCAUCUUCAACCUCUGCCCGGUCUCUGCAGGUACUGAACAUCUCAAGCAACUUAUUUGCAGGACACUUACCAUCCACCACAUGGAAAGCAAUGGAGAAACUGAUCACACUCAAUGCCAGCAAUAACAGCUUUACAGGGAAGAUACCAACGCAUUUCUGUAGCAGCUCACCAUCCUUUGCGGUGCUUGAACUAUGUUACAACAGAUUCACUGGCAGCAUCCCCCCUGAAUUUGGUAGUUGUUCGAAGCUCAGAAUACUCAGUGCUGGCCACAACCGCCUCAGUGGGACAUUCCCAGAUGAACUCUUCAAUGCUACUUCGUUGGAAUAUCUGUCUUUUCCUCACAAUAUCUUACAUGGAGUACUUGAUGGUUCACGCAUAAUUAAGCUCAGAAACCUCAUAACCCUUGAUUUGGGAGGGAACAGUUUCAGUGGCACAAUUCCUGAUUCUAUUGGUCAGCUCAAGAGACUGGAGAAGCUCCAGUUGAACAACAACAUAAUGUCUGGGGAGCUGCCAUCAGGUCUGGGCAGCUGCACAAAACUCAUAACAAUUGACCUCAAGAGCAACUACUUCAACGGAGAACUUAUGAAGGUCAACUUCUCCACCCUGUCAAAUCUAAGAAUUUUAGAUCUUCACAUCAACAACUUCACUGGCACAAUUCCAGAGAGCAUCUAUUCAUGCAGCAAUUUGAUCGCGCUGCAGCUAUCAGUCAACCAUUUCCGUGGAGAGCUCUCGUCAAGAAUAGGAAAUUUGAAGUAUCUCUCCUUUUUCUCGAUUGCCGACAACAAUAUUACAAACAUCACAAACACACUUCACAUUCCUAAGCAGUGCAGGAACCUUAACACCCUGCUAAUUGGGCACAACUUCAGGGGUGAGCUCAUGCCAGAGGAUGACAAAAUUGAUGGUUUUCAGGAUCUUCAGGUUUUGGGCAUCGGAGGUUGCCAGUUGUUUGGAGAAAUACCUCUUUGGUUAUCGAAGCUAGAAAAUUUAGUGAUGUUAAUCUUAUCUGAAAAUAACCUCAGUGGAUCAAUACCAGCCUGGAUCAAAGCCCUUAGCAAUCUCUUCUAUCUAGACAUAUCUUCCAACAGUAUCACAGGAGAAAUUCCAACAGCACUAAUGGACAUGCCAAUGAUGAAGUCAGAGAAGACUAAAGCCCAUCUGGACAUGAAGGUCCCUGAACUACCAGCUGAUGCAACUCUAUCACUUCAAUACCGCAUACCAAUUGAUUUAUAUAAAGCUCUGGAUCUAAGCAAUAAUAUGUUAACUGGUAAGAUCCCCAUGGAGAUUGGUCAGUUGAAAGCCGUCCUUUCACUCAAUCUGAGUGUUAGACUGUAUAGCUCCUGUAUAUGUGUACGUAUAUGAAUACGUACGAUGUAACGUUGUACCCCCUUGUUAUAUAUAUAUAUGA